AUGCAAAAUGAAAAAUUAUAUCCGCCCGGUACAGUUUAUUGGAUUAUCGAAAAUGAAAAAAAACCUUAUUGUGAUGCUCGUGAUGACGAUGAAGCAGAAGGGAGCAAUAAAGAAGAAGAAAAGGCUUCUGACGUUAAAGGAAACGGAAACGAAAAAGAAUGUAAUGUUAACAACGAUGAUGAUAUAUUUGAGAAAAAGGGUAACAUUACGAGGAGUUCUGAUAAACAGUAUAUAAUGUUGGAAAUUGAUGAUGAAUCAAAAAUUUUUGAAAAAAUUUGGUUUUCUUCUCAUAUGUAUGGUAAGUUAAGGGUUGCAAGUACCUCAAAACAAAUUAGGAUAACAACAAAUAAUUCGUUGAGAUUACAUCCAAAAUUUGGAAAGAAUCAAAAUUUACCAAUUGAUGAUGAAUUUAAGGAACGUUUAAAAAAAUUAUUGCAUAAUUUUCAAGCACCUAUCCGAUACGUCAUUGCUUAUGGUAGUGGCGUAUUUCCGCAACAAGGUUACGAUAAAAAGAAUAAACCCAUGAUUGAUUUUAUAUUUGCAGUUGGACAUCCACAACAUUGGCAUUCAUUAAACAUUAAUCAAAAUAGAAAUCAUUAUAGUUUUAUGGGCACUUUAGGUAGCGGUGCUAUAACUAUUUUACAAGAAAAAUUUGGUGCGGGUAUUUAUUACAAUCCAUAUGUCAAAGUCGAAGAUACGUUGAUUAAAUAUGGGGUCGUUUCAAUUGAUAAAAUGUGUAAAGACUUAUUAAAUUGGGAAACACUUUAUUUAGCAGGUAGAAUGCAUAAACCAGUUAAAAUAUUAAGCGAUGAUGCAAGGGUCAGAUUAGCACAACAAGUAAAUUUAGCAAGUGCAUUACGUACUGCCUUGCUUUUAUUACCAAAAGAUUUUACGGAAGAAGAACUUUAUCUAACAAUCUCUUCCAUAUCAUUCAAAGGUGAUUUUCGUAAAUAUUUCGGAGAAAAUCCCAAUAAGAUAAGGAAUGUUGUAUCAAGACAAAUGAAUAAUUUUAAUUUAUUAUAUGGAGGAUUAAUUCAAGGAUUACCUAUCGUUGAUUUUGUCGCAAAUGGGAAAUUGCAGCAAGAUGAUAGUCCAAAGGCAAGAGCACAAAUGAUACAGAAAUUACCUAGAACAUUAAAGUAUAAAGUACAAGAGGAACAUAGAAUGGUAUUGGCUGGGAAAGGAAUCCAUUGGCCGUCAGGAUUGAGAGACAUUAUAUUUAAACCGGUAUUAUCACAAAGUUUAAAAGGAAUAUUAACAGCUGGAUUAAGUAAGAGCACAACAUAUGCUUGUAGUAAAAUAGGAAAAUGGAUCAGGAGGCCAACAUAA